AUGGAUCCUAGGAUAGCAAUGGCUGAUGGGAUCAGAAAAUACUUCAGAUAUAUUGGAUCACUCACCACACCACCUUGUACUGAAGGUGUCGUUUGGACCGUCGUGGAAAAGGUGCAAACUGUCUCACCUGACCAAGUCAAGCUUCUUAAACAUGCUGUGGUAGAAGAGAAGAAUGCGAGACGAUUGCAAAAGGUUAAUGGAAGAGUCGUCUUCUACUUUGACCCAUUCUCACGGAGAAGCGUAGCAGCCGAAGUGAAGGGUAAUAGUGAAGAGUUCAGUUACGAUCCAUGCAGUGAGAAAGGGCCUAAGUUUUGGGGAGAAUUGAAUAUAGAAUGGGCAAAGUGUGGUAAUGGAAGCAUUCAAUCUCCUAUUGCUUUAUCAAAGUGGACUGCAGAUUUGACGAGAGGGUUGGGUGAUCUUAGAAGGAACUAUAGACCUGCUAAUGCAAUUCUCCGGAAUGAUGGCCACGAAAUUAUUGUAGAUUGGACAGGAAAUAAUGCUGGUUCAAUAAAAAUCAACAAUGUUUAUUUCCAACUUCAAAAUUACCAUUGGCACCAUCCUUCCGAGCAUACCCAAGAUGGCAAAACGUACCCUUUGGAGCUUCAUAUGGUCCACUUCAACAACGUAACUCAGAAAACUGCUGUUGUUGGUGUUUUAUUUGAGUACGGUCCACGGGAUCCAUUCAUCUAUAUGAUAGAAAGGGAUAUAAAAUAUAUAAACAUUGAUGGAGGUGAGGAAUUUCUUGGAAAAGUGGAUCCUAGAGUAGCAAGGCUUGAUGGAAGAAAAUAUUUCAGAUAUAUUGGAUCACUCACCACUCCUCCUUGUACCGAAGGUGUCAUUUGGACUGUCAUGGAAACGGUACAAACUGUCGCACCAUAUCAAGUCAAGCUUCUUCAACAAGCUCUCGUAGAAGAGAAGAAUGCGAGGCCAUUGCAAAAGAUUAAUGGAAGAGACGUUUUUUACUUUGACCCAUUCUCAUGGCAAAGUGUAGCAGCCGAGUAGAUGCUUCCUGAUCUCCAGUUAAUACCUUCAAUUUCGAUGUUUCAAAUCUGCUGUGUUGCAGUAGUUGUAUUGUUUGCACUCUUAAUUACUUUCAGAUGAUCAUAAAUA